AUGCUAGCAGAUGAAGGCAUCAGCUGUAACGACGAGGAAACCCUCUUGGGUGGAAACAGAGAAUGGAGUUUUUGGGAAACCGUUGUCGGACGCCGUGCCUCGCUGAAGGGAACACGUGCAAGACUUGGCACUCUAAUGAGCUUUCGAGCUACCACACGUACAUACACCAGCUUGAAGAAUGCAAAAUCUUAUGGAACAUUCGACCCUUAUUCGGGGCCGUCUGCAGAUACUCCUUCUGACGUCGUAGAAUAUGAUCCAGAUGCUCCUCCACUAGCCCCGGGGCAAAAAAGAACCUUCCGUAGCAAGAUCCGACUUGGAAGCACGCAAUCACCUCACUACGAAAAUAUUGACAAACCGUUUUCGUUCCCAUUGCUUGGAAGGCAGGAAAAGCAUCGAAGACUACGAAAUAUGCUACACGGACUUGGACAAGCUGCAGAAGCUAUUUGUAAGGUACACAAGGAUAAAAUGGACGCUCACUUUAAGGCGAAUUGUCCGGUCCCGGGUGGAACCACUGAGGUGCUUCUGCACGUUGAGUUUACUGAAAUAGAAAGUAUUUCCAAAAGCUCAUGGGAGCAGCUAAAAGUAAAGAUGCAACGUUCAGGCCCAUUCGACACCCGGCAUUGUCAGAAGGGCGAACCAAUUACUUUUCUGGAGUGCUCAGAAGACCGGACAAUUUGCCUUGUUCGGGAACUGUCUUGCUCAAAAUCUACGCCACAAAUGACUGAGGCUGUUCGUAGGGACCGGCAGUUCCCGGAGCCACCCUUUAUCGCCAGCUCCCCUGAAUGCAUCUUAGAGUUUUCCUUGAUGUUGCUCUUUCGAGCUUAUUGA